AUGCUGGCCAAAGCUACACUCUACGCCAAGCUUGCGAGCUACAUGCUCUUUGUACUCUGGGGGGAGCUUCGUCGUUCAGUAAGAACUGCUUUGGUGCAACGCCAAAUCCGCCGCCAGUCUUCAGAAGUGUCCACGCCCAGGACUCGAAAUAUCGUGAUCGUGGGCGCAAACUUCUCGGGACACCAUGUUGCGUACAUUCUGACGAGCAGUCUCCCCCCGGAUAGUCCCUACCGGGUCGUGGUCAUAGAGCCGAACUCGCACUUCCAGUUUACCUGGGUUCUACCAAGACUGUGCGUGGUCAAGGGCCAUGAACACAAGGCCUUCAUCCCUUACGGGGGACUCGUACGAGACAACCCUGAGGGUGUGCUGCGAUGGGUCACUGAUCGCGUGGCGAGCGUGACGGAGAAGACUGUGCACUUGGAGAAUAGCGGCGAGGACAUUCCCUACGACAUCCUCGUCAUCGCUACAGGUUCGGGUGUCGACAAGGGCCUGCCGUCUCGAGUGAACGCAACCGACAAGCUUGCUGGAAUGAAGCUCAUGCAAGAGCUGCAACAGAAGAUCGAACUGGCCGAGACAGUAGUCGUCGUUGGAGGCGGCGCUGCUGGCGUCGAGAUUGCCACCGAUGCGAAGCAUCUCUAUCCCAAGAAGCACGUUAUUCUUGUUCAUUCUCGUGACGCCGUCAUGCAUCGAUUCGGAAAAGGUUUGCAGAAAUCGGCACUGGAAGGCCUCCAAACGCUAGGGGUCGAGGUAAUCCUCAAUGAGCGGGUUAAUGAUGGUGGACGAGAAAACGGCGCCAUUGUCCUACGAUCCGGGCGAAAGGUCUCAUGCGACUUAGUUAAGCCGUCAUCCCAGGUCAUCGAGAGCCUGGUGCCGACCGCCAUCUCCCCAAGUGGUCACAUCAAGGUUAAGGAGACUUUGCAGAUUGAUGCGGCUCAUGUACCAAAUGUGUACGCAUGUGGCGAUGUUGCCGAUACGCACACGCCAAAUCCGAAUGCCCGCUCUGCGAUGCGUCAAGCCACCGUGGUUGCAGAGAAUGUCCUGCUCGUGACACAGGGCAAGGAGCCCAAGCACAAAUACACCAAUCUAUGGGCUGACGGUGUUAUCAAACUGACACUAGGAUUGGAUCGCUCGGUCACACAUCUUGGGGAUGGAAAGUCGGAACUCUUGUUUCAAGGAAAAGAAACUGAUGAGGCUUUGAUGUCGGCAAUGUGCUGGUCACGAAUGGGGCAGAAACCAUUUGAGGACCCUUACAUGGCCAAAACAGAGCCAGACGCAACGUCGGUUGCGGUAUGA